AUGUCCUUCUUUCUUCGCCUUUUGACUAGAUCACGACAUACCUUAAACAAACGUCUUCUCUCCUCGAAUAAAGAAUUUACAGAUCAUGGCAAAUUUGAUACGCCACCAAAAGGUGAGGGGGUUACGAUCAACUUUAUUACACAAGAAGGUGAUAAAAAAACAAUAGUUGCUAAUGAAGGAGAAAGUAUUAUGGAUAUUUCGCAUACUCGUGACGAGAUAGAACUUGAAUCCCCAGAAUAUUAUAAAAAACUGGAAGAACCAACAGACGAAGAGAAUGACAUGUUGGACUUAGCAUUUGGAUUAACCGAAACAUCCCGCCUUGGAUGUCAAAUUGUUAUGAGAAAAGAUCUGGAUGGCAUAACAGUUACCAUACCUUCAGCUACUAGGAAUGUACAAUUGAAAGGUGAUGAUCUGAAUAAUUCUAUAAUAGACAAAAAUGAGUUCAUAAAGCUUAAAUAUUAUAAGACUAACGGGAAAAUAUAUCUAUAUUUAAAAUCGGUCGACUACCGACUAUUCUAUCUAAUAUAG